UUGGUGUGCCGUCGAAUGCGUUCCGUCGACGCCUCGUUCAGACACCGUCGUUGUCGUCGUCGAGUGGUUUUUUUAGUGCGCCAUCACAGUUCAACCGAUUUCGGCACGCGGCCUACAGUGAUCGUUUAUUUAAUUGUAAAUCAAUUCUGUUAUGUUUAACAUACGAUUCGAUUAAGUGCGAAACUCAAGUUGUUUUUUUUUUACUAUUAUUAUUAUUCGAUUUGAGCGUGUGCGGUGUUCGAAACGGCUGCCGUGGUCCGUUACCGGCUAUAACUGAUAAUAAUUAAAAAUAAAAUAAAAAAAUUAUUCAAACCGGUUUGCGCCACCGCCGACCGUCGGUUCGGUCCACUUAAGUCCGAGGAUUAUUAACUCAUUUAAUUUGUAGUUUUACUUAGCCGGGAAAUCGUCGUCAGCUCGAAGCGUGUUUUCCCGGAAUAGAACGUCCACGAACGGCCGGAAUACUUAACUAGAUAUUAAGGUAAGUCUAUGUCACGAGUCUCGCCAACUCGCAGUAAAACACAGCCGCACAAGAAAGGUUGUCCGUCUUGCUCUAGCAUCAGAAAUAACGUUUAACUAUGAGGAGGUAGCGGGCGCUGUCAUGCUCCACAAGCUCACGCACCGUUUGGCGGCGGCUUUCCUGCUGCUGGCCGUCGCAGCCUUCGGUCCCGGACGAUCCGAACACGUCGUUCUCUUGGACACCACCACCGAACCCAGCUUACGAUGGACGACAUAUCCUUACGGACCGGACGCCAAUGCUGCAGGGUGGGUCGAGGAGAGCUACAUAAACUUUGAAAAGGGCAUCAACUGGAGGUCGUACGUGGUGUGCGACGUGACCAAACAGAACGUCAACAAUUGGGUAUGGACGCCGUUCAUCGAACGCGGUCUGGCCAACCUCAUCUACAUCGAAGUCAAGUUCACCAUACGGGACUGUUCGCUGUUUCCCGGUUUCGCCCUGUCGUGCAAGGAGACCUUCUCGUUGCUUUACUACGAGUUCGACGUGGCCACCCGGGAACCUCCGCCCUGGGAACCGGACAGUUACAAAUCAGUCGGUCGGAUAGCCGCCGGCGAAGGUAGAUUCAACGCCAACAACGAAGUGGUGAUCAAUACCGAAACGAAAACCGUGAAAGUUACCAAAAAAGGAGUGUACUUUGCGUUCAGAGACCAGGGCGCUUGCAUUUCCAUCAUGGCCGUCAAAGUGUACUACGUCGUGUGUCCGGAAGUGGUGAUAAACUUUGCCAAUUUCUCGGCCACCCCUACGGCCAGGGAACUCACCCAAAUUGAACACGCCACGGGCAAGUGCGUGGACAAUGCCGAAAUUGUGGGCGGCACUCCGACUUAUCUGUGCAAAGGAGACGGCAAGUGGUACCUACCGUCUGGCGGUUGCAAGUGUAAGGCCGGCUUCGAGGCCGACAUGGAAUCGCAAACGUGCAUCAUUUGUCCUCCCGGAAAGUACAAGCACGGCGUGGGCGACGACAAGUGUCAAUCGUGUCCGGCACACAGCAAAGCACCGGAACAAGGAAUGUCCGAAUGCCGGUGCAACACCGGAUACUUCAGACCGGCCAAAGAUCCCAAAUCCGUCCCUUGCACCCAACCUCCGUCGGCCCCGCAAAACCUGACCGUGAACUUCGUGGACCAGUCGACGGUGACCCUAUCGUGGAAUCCGCCAAACUUCCUUGGCGGCAGGUCCGACACCGUCUACAGAGUGACUUGCGACUUGUGCGGACAAUCCGUGAUGUUCAUGCCCAACGCGGACGCGUUCAACGACACCAAGAUAACGAUUAGCGGCCUGAGCCCGGUGACCACGUACAAGUUCCACGUGUGGGCCGACAACGGUGUCAGCAACUUGACCUCCAGCGAAAACCGGCAGUUCGUCGACAUAGCCGUCACCACCGAAGCGUCCAACGUCAAGUCGGCUUCCGUCAACAACGUCCGGGUGACCCUGGUCAAGGCUUCGGAGAUCGCCCUGUCCUGGGAUCCUCCCAUCGGCUCAGGGUUUCCGGACUCUGGCGUCGACGAUGCCGUGGAAGUAUACGAGGUGAGAUUCUAUCCACGCGGCGAAGAAGGUAACGCCAACAACAAGCUGACGGCCGACAAGCACGUAGUGUUCGGUUCGCUGAGACCCAAAACGGAUUACGGCUUUCAAGUGCGCGCCAAAACCGCACACGGCUGGGGCGAGUACAGCCCGACCAUUUACAAGACCACCGGUCAGCUUCUAGGAAGCGGUAAGAGCACCCAACAACAGGUCCAAAGAAAAAACGGGAUAAAAGACGACACGGCUUACAUUGGCGACGAAGAUAACAUGGAAGUCCGGAUUAUAGCCGGGGCCACCGUGGCCGUGGUCGUGGUCCUAGUGGUGGUCAUCAUCAUGACGGUAUUGUUUUUGAGAAGUCGAAGCAACGACGAGUGCAAUAAAAAACAACCGAGCGAUUGCGACACCUUGGAAUACAGAAACGGAGAAGGACUUGUUGUUACCUACAUGCAUUGCAAUUUGGACAACCCUCCCAUAGUAGCCACUCACACUAGCAGCAUGACCACGCCGUUGUUCACUCAAGUGGGUUCCACCACGUCCAGAUCGUACAUAGAUCCGCACACGUACGAGGAUCCCAACCAGGCCGUCAAAGAGUUUGCCAGGGAAAUCGAUGCUUCUUACAUCACCAUCGAGGCCAUAAUUGGCGGAGGAGAGUUCGGCGACGUUUGUCGGGGCAAAUUGAAAGUGCUCGGUUCGCCGUCGGUAGAGGUGGACGUGGCCAUCAAAACCCUAAAGCCCGGAAGUACGGACAAGGCUCGCAACGACUUCCUGACCGAAGCGUCGAUAAUGGGACAGUUCGAACAUCCCAACGUUAUAUUCUUACAAGGCGUCGUCACCAGGUCCAAUCCGGUGAUGAUCAUUACCGAGUACAUGGAAAACGGUUCGCUGGACACUUUUUUGAGAGCCAACGACGGCAAAUUCCAAGUGCUCCAGCUGGUGGGCAUGUUGCGAGGCAUCGCGUCCGGCAUGCAGUACCUGAGCGAGAUGAAUUAUGUGCACAGAGAUCUGGCGGCCCGCAACGUCCUAGUCAACGCUCAGCUCGUGUGCAAAAUAGCCGAUUUCGGCCUUAGCCGGGAGAUCGAGAGCACCACCGAGGGAGCUUACACCACCCGGUUUUCGAAUUUCCAGGGCGGAAAGAUCCCUGUACGGUGGACCGCGCCCGAGGCAAUUGCUUUCCGGAAGUUCACCUCGGCGUCGGACGUCUGGUCGUUCGGCAUCGUCGUGUGGGAGGUGAUGUCGUACGGCGAACGGCCGUACUGGAACUGGAGCAACCAGGACGUGAUCAAGUCCAUCGAGAAGGGUUACAGGUUACCGGCGCCCAUGGACUGUCCGGAGACCAUUUACCAGCUAAUGUUGGACUGCUGGCAGAAGGAGAGGACGCACAGACCGGUGUUCCUGUCCAUAGUGAAAACCCUGGAUAAGCUGAUCAGAUGUCCCGACACGCUGCGGCGAAUCGCCCAAAAUAGGUCCGUUAACCCUCUGAGCUGCGAUGCUCCGGACAUGACCCAAUUCAGUUCGGUCAACGAAUGGCUGUGUUCCAUAAAGAUGGCCAGGUACUUGGACAAUUUCGAGCAGGCCGGCAUCGUCAACCUGAAAGCUGUAGCCCGACUUACCGUGGCCGACCUGACGGCGCUGGGAAUCACGCUCGUCGGUCAUCAGAAGAAAAUCAUGAACAGCAUACAGGCCAUGCGUGCCCAGCUUUCGGCCAACCUGUCCGAGGGCUUUCUGGUCUAAGUCACACGGCCAAAAGCCAAAGGCGGCCACCAUAUUUUCGGUUCCUAAUCUAUCGACGGCUUCGGCACUUAACUUUCCAAGUACCUAGACUGUACCUGUAAAUUAUUGAUUAAUGAUUAUUAUUAUUAAUAUUAACCGGAGAGCAUUUCCUUAUUUAUUUAUAAUUUUUUUUUUUUUUUGUUAUUCUCCCUCCGAUAUAUUGUGUUGCCUUUUUUUUGCCAUCGACAACUCACAUUCAAAACAUUUGAACGCCAUCUUUUUGAUAUGAUAAUUACCUAUUUUGGUUUUUUUUUCUAUUGAUAAAGAAAGAAUCCCCUUUAUUUUUCCUACCCGACAAUUUUAUAUUAUAUAUAAUAAAUAGGAGUAGAGUAAUACGUAUUAAUUUAAUUCAUUGUACGACUAUGUAUACUUUGUAUAUUGAUAUAGUAAAAAAUAA